CAAAAUUCCAUUAGGAAAAAAAUCAAUUAAAAAAUAUAUAUAAAAAUAAACGAAAAAAGUAUUACUUGGAACGAGGAAUUGUUUAUAAAUAAUUCAUUUAUAAGCAUAAUUGGCAGCCACAAUGCUGGGUAAUUGUGUUGGUAAUUGCGCGUUCAGUGCACCACCACCCCCUGACUCAAUACUGUCGAUGCCGCCACCCCCUUUACCCUCUUUUCUGCUACCGAAAACUGCAGCUUUGCUAUCGCCCAACAAUGAUUCGCAUCCAUGCUUUGCCACUCUGAUGUGCGAUCCAAAUCCGCAUCCACGCGAAAGUGGCAUGGAGUUUGUUGAACUAACUGGCACGAAUACAGGGCUGGAGAAUACAUGGCUAUUUGUUUUGAUUUCGUCGUGUGUUGGUGUUCUCAUAUUGGGUGGACUGUUGGCUGUUAUAUUGCUCAAGUGUAGAGACACGCUUUUCUCUAGCUGCAAUUUGUCGUAUCACGAUAGCAACAUUAAACAGGGCACCAUGUCUGCCUUGGGUGAACCUUCGAAAUCAAAUCCCUUCAUGGCCGGUGGUAUUUUAUACCCCUGUACCUCGGUGAAUACACGUGACACGCUACAAAGUCAAAUGGCCAGCGACAGCCGUCUGUUGUGGGCCACUCUAACACCGCAUGGCACUCGACACUUCAUCACCGAUUAUCCGGCCAGUACAGUUCCCGAAUCGAAUGGCCAUUAUGAGGUGGUAGAUUAUCGUAGUAAAACGCCAAAUCAACCAUAUCGUGAUUAUGUCAAGCGGACACCUAUUAAGUCCUUCGACAACAAUGGCUUCAUUGAUUACGACUAUGAGGACCCCACACCUUUAAUGGAUUCCUAUCAUGACGAUAUGGAUUCGGGCUACCAAGAACCCCAAGAAGUUUUGAAUUCAAUGCAAAGAGUAUCACCACGGCCACGAGUCUCUUCACCCACUCGCAUUGAUAAUCCAAAUAUGGCUCCGCUCAACUACUACCCAUCGAAUCCACGUAAUUACAGCAACACUUCUCAUCAUCAGGCCUCAGCCAACAACUCACUGCAACGUCCGACUAAUCUGAGUACAGCUGCAACAUUAAAUCGUAAAACGACAACAAGUCGACGUAUUAGUGAUGCCUCAACCUAUAAUGGGCAAAAUAUCUAA